AUUUCCCGUAGCACAGUGCUGAUCUGCGCUCGUGCGCUCGUGUUUGUGUGGUCAUAUGAUGUUAUAAUCAUAUGUGAGUGAUGGAGAAACACAUCCGCUUCGACUGUCACGAAAUGACGGACUGGAGAUCAGUUUGAAGAUAAUGAUGACGGAGCUCAUUGAUCAGGCUGAUCUGCUGACCCCGACAGAGCUGAUGGACCCUCAGAAGGACGACGACCCCCAGGGUCCCACACACUCCAGACAGAGUCUCAUGCUCCAGCUCAUUGAUGAUCUGUCGUAUGAGGAUGUGAAGAGAUGCUACAGGGGUUCAACCGUCAGCAAAUACAGCUCCCAGUACCACAAACUCUUCUCGGCCGUCCCGAAGGAGGAGAUCCUCAUGAAGGUUUAUUCCUGCGCUCUUCUGCGGGACAUCCCGCUGCAGGGCCGCCUCUACAUCUCUCCAAACUGGCUCUGUUUCUAUGCAAACCUUUUCGGGAAAGACAUCAAGGUGUGUGUCCCGGUGGGCUGUGUGCGGCUGGUGAAGAAACACAAGACGGCUGGACUGGUUCCUAACGGACUGGUCAUCUCCACCGACAGAGGACAGAAGUAUGUGUUUGUGUCUCUGCUGUCACGAGACAGUGUGUACGACGUGCUGAGGAGAAUCUGCACACACCUACAGGUGAAUGAUAAGAAGAGUUUAAGUCUGAAGCAGUUCCUGGAGGAACCCGGUUCUCUGUCGACGGAUGAGUUUCCAGUGUCUACUGAUUUCACGCCGGUGCUGAAAAGGCGCGGGAAACCGUCUGCACCCUCCGUGUCUUCAUCACUGCCAAACCUGAUCAGCCUUAGUGCGGCACACACACCACUGGAGGAGAGACGCCUGGAGUCCGAGAAGAUCCUGCGCACCGAAGCGGAGUCUGAGCUGGGUCUCGUGGAGCAUCAUCUGCUCAAGUUCUUCAUUCUGCUCAUCAUUCUGCUCAUCUUUUCAUCUUGUUAUCUGACGUUUCGUGUCUGCAGUCUGGAACAACAGCUGUCUUUCCUCAACACACAGCCGGCGAUGAGUGUGAGAGAGAGGUGACCCUGGUUUAACCCCGUGCUAACAUCCAGAGCAGCGUCUGUAAAGGGUUAAACCAGCACGAGUCAAGAAGACUCCAGGAACUGGUUCUGAGACCAGCAGGAGAUGCACAUGUUCACCAGUGUUCAGUGCACGGCUCAAACACAUCUCACUUACUACUUCACUCUCGUACACCAUUACAUGUAUAUUUUUGUAAAUUUUACAAAUUUCUUUUUUUCACAUAU